AUGGCUGAUAGCAACGGGACUGCCACUGUCAGUAAAAUGAAACAGGGUGAAGAUGCCGAGGAGGAGGUGAAUAAAAAGCUGUGCCUGUUUAAUGGGUUGUCCUAUGACAAAUGUGCAAAUGAAGGGAGUGACAUCAGGUCACUGGAAAUCUUCUUUUCUGGUUUCCCACGAAUGCUUGGAUUAUCCGUCUUCCCAGAGCUUCGCCAGCUUACCAUAGUGGGCCAGGACAUAGAUCACAUAGAGGGGCUUGAGUGCUGCCCUCUGCUCCAGGAGCUCUGGGUCGUCCAGUGCCGUCUCACUGAAAUAUUUGGACUACAAAACUGUCAACAACUGGAGAAACUGUAUCUGUACGAAAAUCAGAUUUGUGAGAUAAAGAAUUUAGAAUUUCAAGUCAAUCUCAAAGUCCUGUGGCUCAAUAAUAACCGCAUAACAACAAUAGAGGGCUUCAACACACUUAAAUCUCUUCAGGAACUAAACCUUGCUGACAACAUUAUUGAAAAGAUUGGCCACAGCCUUGAUCUCAAUGUCAACCUUGAGAUUCUCAAUCUCUCCGGGAACAGGAUCAGCUCCUUUAAGGAGCUGACAGCACUUGCCCACUUGCCCAGUUUGAGAGAGUUAGCGCUGCAGGACCCCAUGUCAAGUCCAAACCCGGUUUGUCUGCUGUGCAAUUAUGCCACACACGUUCUUUACCACAACCCAGGCCUCCAUCGGCUCGACAGCUACAAUGUCUCUGACAAGCAAGCCAAGGAUGCAGCAGAGUCUGCAGUAAUGAAGAAAACUAUGUACUACAACAUGCGUGUACGCUCUGCUCAGAGGAAGUUGGAAGAGACUCAGUUUAGACUGUUGGAAAGGAAGAAAACACUAAUGCAGUUACCUGAAGAAUGCAUUAAGACCCUCAGUCGCACCCUCAAAAGUCUUCAACGAGCGCACCCCAUGUCGGAGGCUGAAUCAGGAGGAACAAGCUACCUUGAGGAUGGUUUAACAGAAAAAAGUGACUCAGCCACCAGUAGUCAUGAUCCUGCCGUGGAGCACAAAGUACUUCUUAAGAUUGAAUCGCUGAGGGAAAGAUUGAACGUCUGGGCAAGAAGGAUGGAUGACAUUGAAGCCUGGUAUGAGCAAGAACUGAUCCAAGCCACAACUCAGACGGGGUACACGGUACAGUUUUUACUGAUGGAGCUGGAAAGUGUUGGAAACAUUCGUUUAGAGGAGGGCUCCUCCACAGACCCUUGGUUUACAUAUUGUUGCAACCUCCUGCUCUCCCGCUUCUCUCCAUCAGAUUACAAACGUUUUCACAUCACUGACAUAAAGAUUAAUAGAGUUUUACGCAUCCACAACAGUACAUUAAGGCUUCGCUUUGAGGACAAACUUCAGAGUCUUCUUGACAGCGAAGAAUCUGCUUCGGUUUCACAGAAUUACAGAUGUCAACUGGAUUAUUUAUUCUACCUAGCUGACCUUGAAAAAUGUGAGAAAGAGGCGACUUUGUGCGCUUUAGAGGAAGGCUUUAAAACAACACAGCAACGAAAGACUUUUCAAAAAGAAGAUGCUGUGCCUUUAUCUAACAGCUUAAAUAUCACCGAACAGCCCAGAAUUGAGUACCUGCUGCAAAAGGCCAGUGAGUGUGAUUCCAAACAAAGUGCAGAUGCAAUUCCUUUCAGGCAUGGUCAUGUAAUUGUGUGCAAAGUGUUUGUGGGUAACAGCAUGCCCAUCCGUGAUAAAGAACUGCUGGACAGAGUCAGCCACCUCAAAAUCUGCUCUGUGUAUCGUAACGUGGACACCAAGCCUAACUCUCCAACAAAUGAUGAGCGACCCAGCUCCGCUAAAACUCACCCAGACUGUGUUCCCCAACAAAGACAGUGGUUUGUGUUUGACCAUGACCUUGUCCUGCCAGAGUACAUUGUAUAUUUUGAGUACAUCACUGAGGAUAAAGAAUUGAUUCAUUUUGUCAUCAAAGAUAAAAAUUCUAAAGAAAGUUUUCUGGACGAAGCCGCCCUCAACAUGGAACCUGUCCUGAAGCCGCAGCCCAAGUUGUUGGGCUUGGAUGAUAAAAUCCUGCUAAGUGUAGCCCAAGCGAAUGUCCUCAGUCAGAUCACUGUGCUGAACCUUCACGACAACAAUCUGAGCAAAAUUAAAGCGGUUUCCAGUCUCAGAGCUCUGAGACAUCUCACCAUCAGCUUCAACAAGUUCACAAACCUUGGUGACCUUUCCCACAUGACCAACCUUGAGUUUUUGGAUGCUAGCUUCAACCACCUAAUGACUCUGGAGGGGCUGCGGGGAUUGAAACAUCUCAAAGAACUCGAUGUGAGCUGGAAUGAGUUGACCAAAGCUAGAGAAGAUUCAGCAGUGCUGAGGAAACACACUCCUGUUUUGAUGAAACUGGACACCAGAUACAAUCCCUGGAACAGGCCAGAGACGGUCAGAUUAAAUCUACUCAGCCGCCUCACGGCCCUCACUUACCUGGAUGGAGUGCUGGUAGAAGAAGAGGAGGCUGCUGAAGCUGCUCAUAUGGCUAUUAACCAAGCAACCCUUCUGGCACACUCUCGGACCAAAAGCGACCGUCCCCGAAGUCUCAGUUUGCUGUCAACUGCACAGCUCCUCUCUCAUUUGAACCCAGCACCCUGGGGACCUGGUACAGAACUGGAGCCAGACUGGGCUGCAAAGAUCACCUCCCUGAAUCUUGACAAUCAAAGAAUUUCCAGGAUUUGUAAUAUGAAUGAGCUGGUAAACCUGCGUUGGGCAUCUUUUAAUAACAAUGCCAUCUCUAAACUGGAAGGUCUUGAUCAUUGCCUCAAGUUGGAAGAGCUUUUCAUAAACGACAACAACAUCAGCUCACUCAGUGGCCUGACAGAACUGCAUUGCCUAAAUAAAUUGAGCAUGGAUAGAAAUCAACUUUCCAGUCUGGGUGCCUCAGUUCUGGGUCAGCUUCCCAACCUGACUUUUCUGUCUAUGGCAAACAACUGUAUCACAUCCCUGCACGGCAUCUGGAAAGUUCGGUCUCUCCUUGAACUCUACAUCGAAAGCAACCAGAUUUCUUCAUCCAGAGACAUCUAUUUUCUUAAAGGAUUGGCAAAUCUCAUCAUUCUGGAUCUAUAUGGCAAUCCUUUAGUGACGAUGCUGGAAAACUAUCGAAUCUAUGUCGUGUUUCAUCUGCCUUCCCUUAAAGCUCUGGAUGGAACUGCAGUGGAUUUAAGCGAAUGUGAGAGUGCAAAUAAUAUGUUUAAAGGGAGACUAACCACUGACGCAGUAGCAGAGAAGCUUGGCCACUCAAACUAUGCAGACAUCACAAAUUUAUCUCUGCAAUCCUGCUCUAUUAGGAUGGUUGAUCUAUCUCCAGCAAACCUGUUUCAUAACUUGCACAGUGUCAACCUAGAAAACAACAAUCUCACCUCCUUCUCUGGCCUUAUCCACCUGCCAAACAUCAAAGUUCUGUGUUUAAACCACAACCACAUUGAGUCCAUUCUACCCGUGCGCAAAACUCAGGCUCAUCUGACAAAAAAGCGGAUACUUUACAGCAAAGUCCACUCCAGUGGGUAUGGCCAGCAGAGUCCAUCCAAAGCCAACAGGGAUACUAGGCCCACCAGCAGCCUGGAGCCACUGAUGGGAAGCCUGGAAGUGCUUCAUCUGAGUCAUAAUGGCAUCUCCAAUAUGGCCAAUCUGCAGCUCAGCAGGCUCACCAAUCUUAAAGCACUCUUCCUCCAAGGCAAUGAGAUCAGCCAGGUGGAAGGCUUGGAAGGUCUUCUCCAGCUCAGAGAGCUUGUGUUAGACAGAAACCGAAUUAAAACUCUGGGCAAAAAUGCCUUUAUAGCCCAAAAUAUCCUGGUAGAACUGCACCUUGCAGGGAACCGAAUUCGGGAGUUAAAUCAUCUUGAUCCUCUGGUUGACCUCCGCAAGCUCUUUCUCGACAUGAACAAGCUACAGGACAUGUCAGAGCUCAACAAACUAGAAGUUCUUCCCUCUCUGACAGAGCUUUCUGUGGUUGGCAAUCCAGUUGCUCGUAAUUCUCUCCACAGACCAGCCUUAGUGCUGCGUCUGAAUGAGUUGCAGGUCCUAGAUGGAGUGUUGGUCACGUUGGAGGAACGAACCAGUGCUGAUGAAAAGUCAUUUCAAAGCUGUCAGCACAGUGGAUCAGCUUUUCCUACCACCAAAAUUAACCUACCUGAACUGCUACCCCUUCUGCCUCAUAACAUCACUCUAAGAGGAAUUUUAAGCGCAGGACUACCAAAUUUUAUGCGUGAUACCCAGACUGGUAAUGCAGAUGAGAACCAAUACACAGACAAAUACAAGAAGCAUAACAUCAGUAAUGUUGGUCAAAUCAGUCAAGCGAACGUUAACUUGAGACCCAGCCGAAGCACAGGAAGCUAUCUGCCAACCCUGGAAGCUCUGUCUUAUGGGAACAGAGAGGCCAAUGAUGCCCGUUUCAAACAACAAGACAACAGAUUCCCAUAUGGUGGCAAACAUCCACCCAUGUAG